AUGCUACUCUGCGUGGCAGUUUGGGAACAUAAUCGGGUGGAGAUCACACCCAAUCAUCUUGGGUACAAAAAAACACCAUCUUUUGUAGCUUUCAAUGAGGCUCGCCGUAUGAUCGGCAAUGAGGCCAUGGACCAAGCCCCCUUGAAUCGUACCAACACUAUUUUUGACUCUAAACGUUUGAUUGGAAGGCGAUUCAAUGAUGCCAAAGUCCAACAUGACAUGAGAUCGUGGCCAUUCAAGGUGAUUGCUGACCCUGAUAAUGGGAGGCCCAUUAUUCUUGUUACCUACAAGUACAAGACAAAGAAGUUUCUGGCUGAAGAAAUCUCUUCAAUGAUUCUCCUGAAGAUGAAGGAGAUUGCAGAGGCUCAUUGUGGUUCAAAGAUCGAGAAUGUUGUUAUCUCUGUUCCUGCUCGUUUCAAUCACUCACAAAGUCAAGCCACAGUGGAUGCUGGUAUCAUUGCGGGCCUAAAUGUGAUGCGUAUUAUCAAUGAUACAAGUCCUGCUGCUUUAGCGUAUGGGCUUGAUCUUGGUAGAACUGGUGAGAAGAAUAUGCUCGUCUUUGAUCUUGGUGGUGGCACCUUGGAUGUCUCACUUCUCACCAUUGAAGAUGGUAUCAUUGAAGUGAAAGCCACAGUUGGUGGUACCCACUUAAUUGGUGAAGAUUUUGACCGUAGAAUGGUGAAGCAUUUCGUUCAAGAGUUCGACGCAAUGCAUAAGAAGAAAAUUACUGGAGUUAAGGCUCUUGGGAAGUUGCGGACUAAUUGUGAAAUGGCUAAGAGGAACCUGUCAUCUAAUAUUCGAACAAGUAUUAUGAUUGACUCUUUGUAUGAGGAUACUGACUUCCAAUUAAACAUCACCCGAGCCAGGUUUGAGGAGCUUAACAUGGACUUAUUCUUGAAGUGUAUAGAGCCUGUCGAGAAGUGUUUGAGGGAUGCAAAGAUGGAUAAGAGCAAUGUCGAUGAUGUGGUUCUGGUUGGAGGGUCGACUAGGAUCCCCAAGGUUCAGCAAUUGUUGCAGGACUUCUUCGAUGGGAAGAAGCUCUGCAAAAGGAUUAAUGUCGAUGAGGCGGUUGCCUAUGGUGCUCCUGUUCCGGCUGCAAUCCUCAGCCAUGAGGCUAAUGCGAAGGUGUAG